GGCUUUCCCUAGUGUGCUUUUCCAGGAACUCAACUGUAGGUUUCAGUAAUUCAUUCAACAAACCAACCUACUAUGCGCCAGGAGCUAGUGGCACAGAUUACAACAUGAUUUCUAAUCUCCAGAGACUGACAGUUUAGUAAACGUGGUAUUGUAGUUAACCAUGUGAUUUCUCCUGCUAGAUAGUGUAGCCUCGUGCUAAUAAUACUGUGUGAUUCUCUUUUGUUUGCUGGGGCAGGGAAUUUCAUGGACUCUGCACCACAAGAGACCUCCCCACUCCCUGGAAGCUGCUCUGACUCCCUGCCCUGUGGGCUACAUGGGGAUAUGCCAGGAGAUAAACCACCCGAAAAUUCACCGUCUCUUCCAUGGCUGCCUCACAAACUUCACAGACUGUUGCAUCUCACGUUCCUUUUGCAGAUUUAUGUUCAACUUUAGAACGAAUACAGAAAAGUAAAGGACGUGCAGAAAAAAUCAGACACUUCAAAGAAUUUUUAGAUUCUUGGAGAAAGUUUCAUGAUGCCCUUCAUAAGAACCAAAAAGAUGUCACAGAUUCUUUUUAUCCAGCCAUGAGACUUAUUCUUCCUCAGCUGGAAAGAGAGAGAAUGGCCUAUGGCAUCAAAGAAACUAUGCUUGCUAAGCUUUAUAUUGAAUUGCUUAACUUACCUCGAGAAGGAAAAGAUGCCCUCAAACUUCUAAACUACAGAACACCUACCGGAACUCGUGGAGAUGCUGGAGACUUUGCGAUGAUUGCGUACUUUGUGUUGAAACCCAGAUGUUUACAGAAGGGAAGUUUAACCAUACAGCAGGUAAAUGACAUUUUAGACUCCAUUGCCAACAAUAAUGCUGCCCAAAGGAAGGACCUAGUAAAGAAGAGUGUUCUUCAGCUUAUAACUCAGAGUUCAGCACUUGAACAAAAGUGGCUGAUACGGAUGAUUGUAAAGGACUUGAAGCUUGGUUUUAGUCAGCAAACUGUAUUUUCUGUUUUUCAUAAUGAUGCUGCUGAGUUGCAUAAUGUCACCACAGAUCUGGAAAAGGUCUGUAGGCAACUGCAUGAUCCUUCAGUUGGACUCAGUGACAUUUCUAUCACUUUAUUCUCUGCCUUUAAACCCAUGCUGGCCACUAUAGCAGAUAUCGAGCGAAUUGAGAAGGACAUGAAACACCAGAGUUUCUACAUCGAAACCAAGCUAGACGGUGAGCGCAUGCAAAUGCACAAGGAUGGGGACGUGUAUCGGUACUUCUCCCGCAAUGGAUAUAACUAUGAGGAUCAGUUUGGUUCUUCCCCACAGGAAGGUUCCCUUACACCGUUCAUCCAUAAUACAUUCAAAACAGAUGUUCAAAACUGCAUCCUCGAUGGUGAGAUGAUGGCCUACAACCCUAAUACACAAACUUUUAUGCAAAAGGGGAAUAAGUUUGAUAUUAAAAGAAUGGUAGAAGAUUCUGAGCUGCAAACUUGUUACUGUGUUUUUGAUGUAUUGAUGGUUAAUGAUAAAAAGCUAGGGCAGGAGACACUGAGAAAGAGGUAUGAAAUUCUUAAUAGUGUUUUUACACCAGUACCAGGUAGGAUAGAAAUAGUGCAAAAAACACAAGCUCAUACUAAGAAAGAAGUAAUUGAUGCUUUGAAUGAAGCAAUAGAUAAAAGAGAAGAGGGGAUCAUGAUAAAACAUCCUCUGUCCAUUUACAAGCCAGAUAAAAGAGGUGAAGGAUGGCUAAAAAUUAAACCAGAGUAUGUAAAUGGGCUGAUGGAUGAACUGGACAUCUUAAUCGUGGGGGGCUACUGGGGGAAAGGUUCCCGGGGUGGAAUGAUGUCUCAUUUUUUGUGUGCGGUGUCAGAGAAACCCCCUUCUGGUGAAAAACCAUCAGUGUUUCAUACUCUCUGUCGCGUUGGCUCAGGUUACACCAUGAAAGAACUGUAUGACCUGGGUUUGAAGUUGGCCAAACACUGGAAGCCUUUUCAUAGGAAAGCUCCACCAAGUUGCAUUUUAUGUGGAACAGAGAAGCCAGAGGUCUACAUCGAACCUUGGAAUUCGGUCAUUGUUCAGGUUAAGGCCACAGAGAUCGUCCCCAGUGAUAUGUAUAAAACUGGCUGCACGUUGCGUUUUCCACGAAUUGAGAAGAUAAGAGAAGACAAAGAAUGGCAUGAAUGUACAUCUCUGGAGGACUUAGAACAACUUCGAGGGAAAGCCUCCGGAAAGCUUGCGUCUAAACACCUUUAUGUGGGUGAUGAUGAUGAACCACAAGAAAAAAAGCGGAAAGCUGCCCCAAAGAUGAGGAAAGUUAUUGGAAUUAUUGAGCACCUAAAAGCACCCAACCUUUCUAACAUAAACAAAGUUUCUAAUAUAUUUGAAGAUGUGGAGUUUUGUGUCAUGAGUGGAACAAACAGCCAUCCAAAGCCUGAUCUGGAGAACAGAAUCGCAGAAUUUGGUGGUUACAUAGUCCAAAAUCCAGGCCCAGACACAUACUGUGUGAUUGCAGGGUCUGAGAACAUUCGAGUGAAAAACAUCAUCUCUUCUGAUAAACACGAUGUUGUCAAGCCGGAGUGGCUGUUAGAGUGUUUAGAAACCAAAAGCUGUGUGCCAUGGCAGCCUCGCUUCAUGAUCCACAUGUGCCCGUCAACAAAACAGCACUUCGCCCAGGAAUACGACUGCUAUGGGGAUAGUUACUUUGUCGAUACAGAUUUGAACCAACUGAAGGAAGUGUUCUCGGGAAUUAAAAAUGCUGGUGAACAGACUCCUAGGGAAAUGGGUCCUGUGAUUGCCGAUUUGGAACACCGGUAUUCCUGGGACAACACUCCUCUUAGCAUGUUUCGACACCACACCGUUUAUUUGGACUUGUAUACUGUUAUUAAUGACUUAAGUACUAAAGUCGAGGGGGCAAGAUUAGCUAUCACAGCCCUGGAGCUUCAAUUUCAUGGAGCAAAAGUAGUUUCCUGCUUAGCUGAGGGAGUGUCUCAUGUCAUCAUUGGGGAGGAUCAGAGUCGGGUUGCAGACUUUAAAGCUUUUCGAAGAACUCUUAAGAGAAAGUUUAAAAUCCUACAAGAACGUUGGGUAACUGAAUCAAUAGACAAGAGUGAACUACAGGAGGAAAAUCAAUAUUUGGUUUGAAGCUAGCUUUCCUAGUGAGGGAAGCCUCUGAUCUGGCUGACUCAUUAAACAUUUUAUUUUAAUCUCUUAAAAUCUAUGCUUAAGCAGUAUUAUUAGAUAUAGAAACACAGUAAUCAUAACUUUUGAUAUAGAAAAGACACCCAAUGGCCCAAUGUCAAGAAAGAAAAUUUUUUAACAGUGUAGUAUUUGAUUAUUUUUAUAACCAAGAUGAAAUAAAAUGUUUAC